AUGACUUUUCAUGACCUUACAACAACACUUACACCGUCUUAUGAUCUUCACCCACUCUUGGGCUUGGGCCAUAAGUUCAUUCCAAUACCUCGAUAUUCUAAUGGUCCUCGCGAGCUCCUUCGCCAAUUUGACCGUACUACAACACUUGUCCGCCUUGACCGAGCAAUCCGCAUUCGUUGCUUCUUUGCAGAUCAACAUCCCACUAAUGCAAACCCCGAGACUGACAACAAUACUGAUCGUCAAUACAACCCUCGAAUGUAUGUCCCAUCGGAUUGGGAGCCGCCGAGAUUCACAUAUCCUGCAAUUGUUCAACGUCGUCUCAACAAUUUCUGUAAUGCAAUUCUAGAGAAAUUUGUCCGCCGACAAGGCCGCUCAAACCUUCUCCCCCACCAACGCCGCGCUCUCCAAUGGGCCCAAACCCAAGACAAUUUUGUCAUUGCUCUCACUGACAAAAAUCUGGGCUUUUGCAUCAUUGAAAAACGUGAAUAUAUCCAGCGAGUUCGUACUCUGCUCUCAGAUGUCAACUCCUACACUCGCCUCUCUCAUGAAGACGCCAUACUUACUGCCGCUGCAGUUCAAGUUGAAAUUUUAGAAUGGAUUGCCGAUAAUCGAGUUUAUCUUGCCUCGGACGAGAUUAAGUUCAUCAAACGGCACAUCAAUCGAGUCAAAGACCCCUUUGCAGUCUUUUACCCUCUAUUUAAAAUCCACAAAACGCCAGUCGCCACACGCCCUGUUGUCUCCUAUUCCGGCAGUCUUCUCUAUGCACUUGCCGUUUGGUGUGAUGACAAAUUACUCCCUAUGGCUAAAGCCCAAAAUGCAUACCUCUCCAGUUCCUUUGAACUUCAAGCACAACUGUCCUCGCUUCAGUUACCACCUAAUGCUAAACUGUUCACUGCAGACGCACGUGCGAUGUACACCAACAUCCCCACUAGAGAGUGUCUAGACAGUAUCCGCGAAUACCUACAAGAACACUACGACAACUUCACACACGUUGAUCAUGAAACUCUGCUCUCUGCUCUAUCCAUUGUUAUGAAUAACAAUCUCUUUCGAUUUGGCGACACGUACUGGCUCCAAAAUAACGGAGCCGCUAUGGGUGCUCCACCUUGCCCAUCUUGGGCUAUGAUGUACUUUGCUCCGUUUGAAGAUGACAGUUGUGACAUCUUUUCUGACCACAUUGUCUACUAUAAACGCUACAUCGAUGAUGUCUUUGGAAUUUGGCUCCAACAACCUGGCGAUGACCAGGCCUGGAACCUCUUCAAAGCACACAUGAACACUUCCGCCCUUGUGUGGGACUUUACUGAACGCUCCCGUUCAGCUAUAUUUUUGGAUCUUCAUAUUUCCAUCACAAACACCAAUGAGAUACACACCGAUCUCUAUGAGAAGCCACUGAACCUUCAUGCCUACAUCCCUCCUCAUUCUGCACAUCCCCCUGGAGUCCUUCGAGGUAUGAUCAAAGGCAUGAUCUACCGAUUUAAAACUCUCUGCACCCUUGAGUCCGACCAAAAGAAACACAUUCUCCAGUUUUAUCGUCAUUUGGUUCAACGUGGCUACAAACCUGAUGGACUAACAACCAUCUUCAAUGAGGCUGUAGCUCAAGUCUAUGGCUCCUCAAUUACACCUCCUCCGCCCGGAGCUCUACAACCACCUGCUCCCUCUCUACACCCACUUUUCUUCCACCUUCAAUACCAUCCGAGCGACCCGCCAUCUCACGACAUCCAACGUAUAUGGCGACGUACUCUUUUCCGCCCCGCCGGAUCCCGACCACUCUCGGAUCUUGACUCCUCACACAGGAGAGGCAAGAUUGGCAUUGACCGUAUGAUCGUAUGCUACAGUCGUGCCCCUAAUCUCGAGAAUCUUGUCUCGAGCAAACGAAACCUGGAAUUCGUAGACGGCCCAACGGUGUCAUCAUUCUUUGAUGAUUAG